GGAUAUAAAUCUCUCGACCGUAGGCAGACACGCAGCACCGCCGACUGGAUGCGGGCAUCCUUGGGUUCUCCUGCGCUCGACACGGAGCUACGAGAGUAAAACUUCUCGGGACAACGAUGGUGGACGCCUCGGCGGCUGAGUCCGCGGCUGCUGGAUGUCUGUGGGGGAAACGGAGAAUGCGGUCAAUGUGACGUUCACUUGCACGCUCCGGUGUUGAGUUUAUUGUUCUGGUCCUGUAGACGCCAGGGAGGAGAGAGAGAGAGAGAGAGAGCUGCGGAUCUUUGGGGAAGAUGUUGAGCCGAUUCAUGAGUGGCAGCGUCAGGAAUCUUGAGCGGGAAUACAACUGCACGGUCAGACUGCUGGAUGAUACGGAAUAUACGUGCACCAUUCAGCGGGAUGCAAAGGGACAGUAUCUGUUUGAUCUCAUCUGCCACCACCUGAACCUACUAGAAAAAGACUAUUUUGGCAUCAGAUAUGUGGACCCAGACAAACAGCGGCACUGGUUGGAAUUCACAAAAUCUAUUGCGAAGCAACUGAAAUCUCAGCCUCCGUUCACCAUGUGUCUGAGAGUCAAGUUCUACCCUCCGGAUCCUGCGUCUCUCAAGGAGGAAAUAACUCGAUAUCUGGUCUUCCUGCAACUCAAGAGGGACCUCUACCACGGGCGUCUCCUGUGUAAAACCUCGGAUGCAGCCAUGCUGGCUGCCUACAUCCUUCAAGCUGAGAUUGGUGAUUAUGACCCCGGRAAGCAUCCGGAGGGUUACAGCUCCAAGUUCCAGUUCUUUCCCAAACAUUCGGAGAAGCUGGAGCGUCGGAUCGCAGAAAUACACAAAACAGAGCUGAUUGGGCAGACGCCUGAAACAUCAGAGCGAAACUUCCUGCAGAAAGCCCAGAUGUUGGAGACAUAUGGUGUUGAUCCUCAUCCRUGCAAGGAUGUGUCCGGGAACCCUGCUUUCCUUGCCUUCACUCCGUUUGGUUUUGUGGUUCUUCAGGGAAACAGGAGAGUUCAUUUUCUCAAAUGGAACGAGGUGACCAAACUCAAGUUUGAAGGCAAGACUUUCCACGUAUAUGCAAAUCAGAAGGAGGACAAAAAGAUCAUCUUGACGUAUUUUGCGCCCACACCAGAGGCGUGCAAACACCUUUGGAAGUGCGGUGUAGAGAAUCAAGCCUUUUACAAGCUCGAGAAGUCAAGUCAAGUUCGCACAGUCUCCAGCAGCAACUUGUUCUUCAAGGGCAGUCGUUUCCGCUACAG